ACAUCCAAAGAAUGAAAGGGCAGUGUCAUGUCUUCCUUUCCCACAUGUGACAACGUUAGCAAUUUGAUCACAAAUAAUGCCGGCCAAUACAAUCCUGCAAAUGGCUUCGGUCUUGCAAAUACUAGUUUGGCCUUCUUUGGCAACCGUCUCUAUGCACUUGGUGAGUCUGAUCUGCCUUACUCUGUGCGCUUGACAUCUAAUGGAGAUAUAGAGACAUUAGGUCGCCAUGAUUUCAACGGAAAGCUCCUGGGGAGCUUGACUGCUCACCCCAAGAUCGAUCCCGAAACCAGUGAGACCUUUGCUUUCCGGUAUGGUCCUGUGUCUCCAUUUCUAACCUACUUUUACUUCGAUGCAAACGGAAAUAAGCAUCCAGAUGUGCCCAUUUUCUCAAUGACACGUCCAUCAUUCCUCCACGAUUUCGCCCUCACUAAGAAUUAUGCCAUAUUCACCGACAUACAAAUUGGAAUGAACCCCAUGAAGAUGAUUUUCAGGAAAGGUGCUUUGAUGGGUUAUGAUCCGACCAAGGUCCCGAGACUCGGCUUCAUCCCUCGUUAUGCAAAAGACGAGUCCGAGAUGAAAUGGUUUGAUGCGCCAGGAUUCAACUUUAUGCAUGCCAUCAAUGCCUGGGAGGAGGACGACGGUAACACAGUAGUCAUGAUAGCACCAAAUAUAUUAUUCAUUGAGCAUGUCCUAGAGAGAAUGGACCUUAUCCACGCCAUGGUGGAGAAAGUAACAAUCAAUCUUAAGACGGGGUUAGUAAAAAGGGACCCAAUUUCAACAAGAAAUCUCGAGUUUGGGGUCAUAAAUCCUGCUUUCGUAGGAAAAAAGAACAAAUAUGUAUAUGCAGCAAUAGGUGAUCCAUUGCCAAAAUUUACAGGAGUGGUGAAGUUGGACGUGUCCAACGGUGAGUGUCGUGGGGGUACGGUGGCUACCAGGAUUUACGGGCCGGGUUGCUAUGGCGGAGAGCCCUUCUUUGUGGCAAAGGAGCCGGAUAAUCCAGAGGCAGAGGAGGAUGAUGGUUACCUGCUGUCAUAUGUUCACGACGAAAACACAGAAGAGACAAGGUUCUUGGUGAUGGAUGCCAAGUCACCUGAACUUGAAAUUGUGGCUGCCGUGAAUCUGCCUGGUCGGGUGCCUUAUGGCUUCCACGGACUGUUCGUGAGAGAAAGCGACCUCAAUAAGCUAUGAUACCGUUCAGAAUGUACCAAAAAAAAAUUUUUUUAUUUACCCUUCAGAGCCAGUAAUUGCUUUUCACUCUCCAAUUUAGGCCAUAGACUUGAAUUAUUGUCU